AUGCCGGCUGUGGGGACAACAAGGGCGCCAACUUCUCCAACGCGAUCCUCAACAAGGCGCAGUUCCACGCAGCGAACCUCAAGAACGUGCGGUUCAUCCACAGCAUCUUCUCGUCGCACACGAACCCCUUCUCCCGCACCACCAACCUCAACGGCGUCCUCUUCCACCGGACGGACAACGCGUUGGCGCUGUACGGCCAGUCGUUCAAGGAGUGGGGCUAUCGCACGGAGAACGUGUCGCUGGCGCUGUACGGGAUGUCGUUCAAGGAGCUGGGCUUCCAGAUGGAGAACGUCAACACCAUGUUCUACUCGCGCCACAUCGUGCGGCUCGUCAAGGAGAAGGAGGACCCCGUGCUCCUGGAAGAGGAGGAGAAGCCUGCUGGUGGCCAACCUCUUUAGAAGAGCAUAG